UGGGGCGCUUACAUGUAGCUUAAGUUCGAACAGUAUUCACAAGAUUUUACUCAAUAUUGUAAAUGCAGUUGGUUCAAGGUUUUCAAAUCCAAUGGAAGAAGUUUAUUGAGAGUGAUUAAGGAAAGACACGUUUGAAAAAGGCAACACCAUGGAUAUUUUGGUGAAUAUUAUCAUUACUGUAACAGCAAUGUGUGCUCUAGUCUCAUCGUCCAGGCAUGAUCUUCGAAAAGCUAUCCUUGCAGGUUACGCCAAGGAGUUAAGUCCUGAACAGAACCCGAUAUUUGUAAACCUGAAGUUCACUGCCUUUAGACUAAUUAACUAUGACGAUAAGGAUGGGAAAUUUACAAUAAGUGGUAUUCUGGAGCUGUGUUGGGUUGAUGAGAGGAUCAAACAAAAUUGGCUAUCUGCGUUGUCUGUAAGUAUUGACAACCAUGACCAUGAUAUUAAAUACAUGUAUUUCCUGGAUACAGAAGUCUGGACGCCGCAGGUUCUUCAAAUGAAUCCCCAUAGUCGAGAUGUAUUUCAAGAAAUGUUUAAACACUCAGUCAUGUUUAAUACGUCGGGAACAGCACUAAUGAUGAAAAUGGACAUAUUUACCUCGGACUGUAGUGCAGAUUUUUCUUUUUUCCCGUACGACACACAAACCUGUUCCAUCGAAGUAGCUGCCUGGGGCUUCUUCAACAAUGAAAUUGUCUUUACACCAAACAGCAGUAAAGUUAACAUGGAUCAUUUUGAAACAAACAACUUUUGGCAAGUGAAAGAUACAAGUAUCACUGUGAGCAGCAUUAAGAAAGAAGGGACCUCACCUAUUACAAUGGCGAGGAUAGUGUUUACCAUGAAGCGGCGCGCGGCAUAUUAUGUUCUUUUUCUGAUUUUACCUAUCCUUUUCAUGGAGGUUCUUCAACUAUUCGUGUUUAUGUUGCCAUGGGAUUGCGGUGAACGGUGUGGCUACUCCGUGACACUGCUUCUGGCGAUAGCUGUAUAUCUAACCAUAGUAACUCAACAAAUCCCUGAAUCUUCAGGACCCACCCUGUCGAUUUUAGCCAUGAAGAUGGUAAUGGAUCUGUCCAUUGCCUGUUUGGUGCAGAUAUUUGUGAUUGUCAGUCACGUGAAUUACAAUUUACGUAAUCGAAGUUACAAGGAACUCUCACGUGGGUUCUUACCGAGAUUGCUUAUCUGGGCUAAAUACAAGGAUUUGGGUACCGAUCUAGAAAAGGGAUUCUUUGCAGUUACAAUGAUUAUCAUUGUGCUUUCCAAUAUUGUAUUCCUGGCAAUGUUGAAUCAGGAUCCGUAGAAACAGAACACUUUUUGUGAUUGUUUAAUAGUUUUUCUAUUGGAAAAGACAAAAUGCUAUUUAAGUAAUUAAGUCACCAACAUUAAAAUUGCUUCAGUGUAAAUUGACGGUUUGAUAUACGUAACCAUACCCCCAGUCCCCCCCCCCCCCCCCCCCCC